AUGUAAUGGAUAGGUUUUGAAAUUGGGAGCUAGGGCAAAGACUUGCAAUAUGAGAUUUUUAUGAGUAUCAUUUUUCUCUUUCUCAUUCACCAUUUUUGAGCUGCUAAGGAUGGAGCUCAUCACAAGCACCAUGAGGAUGCAGGCUUCUUUCUUCACCUUUGCUACAAUGGUUGCUUUGUUCUCCCACAGUUUGGUCAUCCCUGUAAUGUCCACCUCUGAGUAUUACUCUCCUAAACCCAGCACAGCCAUAACCCCUCCAGCAGGAGACUCACCAGCCAACAUUAAUUGCAACACUCCUCCACAUGGCGGCAGUGGUGGUGGCGGAGGAGGCAGUGACGGUCAUCACGAGCCUUCCACCCCUUCCAGAUCUCCUCCGUCCGGCCACCACGAUGGCGGUGGCGGAAGUGGCGGAUACCAUUAUUCUCCACCACCAUACACUCCAACUACCCCCACCCCGACUAUUCCUACCCCGAAGACUCCCGUCGUAACUCCAACAACGGACCCCCACACCACAACCCCGAGCACCCCCAACCCCACCCCAACCCCAACCACUCCUACCUAUACCCCAAGGACACCCACUGUGGCCCCACCAACUGUCCCCCAUACCCCAGCUAUUCCCAUCCCUACCACCCCUCCAUCUGUCGGAACCCCCCCUUUUCCAUUCCCAAACACGCCUCCAUUCUCAUUUGACCCAAGGAUUCCAAGCUCAUCUGGGCCCUUCCCAUGCACAUUUUGGAGGAUGCACCCCACAAUGAUAUGGGGAAUAAUGGGGUGGAAUGGGAACACGGUGAGCAGCACGUUCGGGGUAGGCAACGUUGGAGGGUUCGGCGCGGGGAUGAACUUGCUGGAGGCACUUUCCAACACGAGGACAGACGGAUUCGGGGAACUGUACAGGGAAGGCACGGCGGCGUUGCUGAACUCCAUGGCCAGCAAUGGCUUCCCUUUCUCAGCACAGCAAGUCAAGCUCAGCUUUGGCCGUGCCGCUCUCAGCUCCAAUGGGGAUGCCGCCGCUGCUCAAGCCCAGCUCUUCAAGAUGGCUAACGAGGGACGCUACAAACCCGCCAGCCCUUAAUUUGGAUAUUUGUCUAAUUAGUUUGUUGUCGUUGUGUUAUUAGUACGUAUCUUGGGAGGUUUCAUGGAUGCACUUUAUUGUUG